AUGACCGGCCCUCGCACCACUCAUAAUUUACAUAUUAAUCCGCUGUCUGGUCAAUAUGUCUGUUUACACCACUACAUGGCGCUUUGUUGGGGCUUGGCUUGUGUCGGUGACAGCCAAAUAUGUCAGUCUACACAAGUACAUAUGCUGGCUUCUUUGUAUGAGCGCAUGUCGAUGUGCUUGUCUAGGCCACAUUCGACCUUCCAUAACCUGAACCUUGCACUUUCCGCCGCGCUGUCCAAUCAGCAGUGUGGGCACCUGUCACUCCAUAAACAACAGCGUAUAUAUAGUCUUGGGGUCGCUUUUCGGGCGCCUCCAAAAAAAACUGCUCCCUUUUUUUCCCCCUCCAACACUUGUACCAUACCCAAAAUGAACAAGUUCGCCACUCUCGCCGCUCUCGUCGUUGUUUUCUUCGCCCUGUUCACCCAGGCCGCUGUCAUUGAGAAGCGACUGCUGGGCCACAAGAUCGACCCCAAGUACCCCCUCAAGUUCGACAUUUUCUCCAACUCCAACCACUGCAACGGUGCCCGAAUCAAGUCCAUCACCAUCAAGACCGGUGCCGCCGAGAAGUGCUACAAGACCGAGCGAUUCAACUCCGUCUACGUUGCCCCCUCCAACGACUGUGAGAUCCGAGUCUUCAAGGACCACAAGUGCCGAGGCGACCCCGACUACAUUCUCGAGACCCAGGGAGGCAACGCCACCUGUUUCUCCGACACCAAGAACGCCCGAUCCGUCAUGGCUGUCUGCCAGGAGUAA